GGGGAACGGGCUUGGGCUUGGCGAACUGGGCGGGGGAAAGAGGGCAAUGGGCGGGGGGAACGCGUCAAAAAGGAGGCGGAAACGCGUCGGAGGGGGGAGGGCAAGGGUCGGGGGGCGGAAAGAGGGGAGACGAGUCGGGUGGCGGGAAGGCGUCGAGAGGCGGCGGGUUGGCGUCCGGUGGUGGGAAUGCGUCCGGUGGGGGCGAAGCAGUGUCCGGUGGGGGCGAAGCAGUGUCCGGUGGGGGGUAAGAAUCCGGAGGAGGGGAUGCAACGUCCGGGGGGGGGUGAGAGUCCAAAGGGGGCGAAGCAGCGUCGGGGGGAGGGUAAGAAUCUGAAGGAGGCGGAGAAUUGUCUGGGGGGGGGUACGAGUCUGGAGGAGGCGGAGAAGUGUCUGGUGGGGGUAAAGAGUCUGGAGGAGGCGAAGCAGCGUCGGGGGGGAUAA